AUGUAAAUAAUUACUGGUGAUGAAACAGGAUUAUUGAAAUUGAUUGAUUUGGAGAAAAAGGAGGUGGUUAGGAAAUAUGGGGAAUAAGGAAAGGAGUUUAAAAUAAUCUAAAUACUCACUCUGAAAAUAUCUGACAUUAGCUUUUUUCUGGUUUUGAGGGAGGAAAGCUUGGUAUUAUUGGAUAAUGAAUUAAAUGAAAUAACACAAAUCAGCAUUGAUGCAUCACCUUUAAAAGCAUUUUGUGAUUCAAAUCAUGAUAUCUAUAUAAUUUAUACCAACAGAAAAAUUAAUCAUGUAAAGUAUGACUAAGAUCAAAACAUAUUUCUUUAAUAAGCAAAUAUUAACUCACAGGAUUUUUUGCCAUUAACCAAUUGUAAAGAUAAGUAUGUGACUUCUGCUGCUAUCUCUAAUGAUUAAGCAUUGUUAUUGGUAACUUAUUUUGGUGCUCCACCAUCCAUUUUCAAUUUAAAAUAGAAAAAAUUAUAAUGGCAAUCAAGGAAUGUAAAAAAUGAUGAAUUAGAUCUCUAAGUCAAAAUGCAUGAUUAUGAUGGAUUGUUCUUAGAUGACUAUUCCGUCGGUGUUAUUACAACCCACUUAACCUUAAGAAUAUAUAGUAUUCUAGAACAGAGAUCAUAACCAGUUGCUGAGCAUUCCUUAAAGCAUUCAAAAACCAAAAUCAAAAUAAUCAGACCUUAUAAUGAAAAAUAUUAUAUGAUUAAUGAGAGAGGAGAAAUUUUAAUUUACAAGAAAAAUUUUACUUUUGAGAGAAUGAUUAAGGGUACCUUUGGAGCUGUCAGAGAUGUGGCUUUUAAUAAGGAAUACAUCUACACAGUUAGCAUUGAUCGUUUUUUAAGGGUUUAUCACAAUGAAAAUGUAAGAAUUCCAUUAUCAAUUAAUUUAUCACAAAGGUUGCAAGCCAUCAAUUUCUAUUGUGCUGAAUACAAAGAUAUUGAGAUAGAGAAAAAAUAAGAAAAGAUUUGGACAAUAUAAAAUGUGAAAAGAGGCCAAGGCUAGAUUUGCUGGAAUGAGAAGACACACCAUUAAAUUGCCAUAUUUGGAUAAGAUGUUUGA